AUCAGCUGUGUCCAAUCACAGCUGAUCACAUAGCACUGCUGAUCAGUGUGCCCUGAUGAUCUGUGUAGCCACAGCAGUGCCACCUGCCAGUGUCCAUCAGUGCCAGCUGUCAGUGCCUAUCAGUGCCGCCUAUCAGUGCCACCUAUCAAUGCCUAUCAGUGCCGCCUAUCGGUGCCAUAUGAGUGCUGCCUUUCAGUGCCCAUCAGUGAUGCCUGUCAGUGCCAACUACCAGUGCCUCCUCAUAAGUGCCACCUAUCAGUGCAGCCUAUCAGUGCCCAUCACUGAAGCCUCAUUAGUGCACAUCAGUGAAGGAGAAAAAUCCCUUAUUUACAAAAAU